AUGUCGGCAAGCCAUGAUUCAGAUUCAUCAACCGAAAACUGCAACUACUCGGAGGACGGAUGGUGUCAGUGCCAAUCAAAUACUGGUUGUCUAACUUCUUUGGACUGUACAGGAUGGCGGCCCUGGGGUAAUGCGGCGACAGGUAUUUGUCCUGGACCUUGUCAGUGUGAGGAAGAACAAGCUUGGAAUUCUGUAGUUCCUCCGCGGCCAAAUUAUCACUGGGUUAAAAAUUUUAUCGAGUUGCGGCGACAGUGGAGCGACCAUGCUAGAAAGAAUUUUAUUAAGUUUAAUCAAGUACCCAAAAGUAAAAAUUCUACAUUACCAGCCCCAAAA